GGAGGAGGAGGAGGAGGCGGUGGAGGAGGAAGAGGAAGGAAGGCUUUUAACGACUCGACCCCCCGCUUAUGGACGACGGCGGUCCCCUCUCUCCAAAGGCGAAUGCGUUCAGUAUUGCCUCUCUGAUCUCGGCCGCAGAGCGAGCAGGAAGCGCCGGCUCUGCCAAACAGGGCACCGGCCCGAACAAGCCAGACCUGCACAACCACAGUUCCUUUAAAAUGCACUACAGCACUGUCACCCGGGAAAUGGAAGCCAUAUCCAGCCCGUGGCUGACGCAGCUGUCCCAUUUCUGCGAUGUUGCAGCCUUCACCACGAGCAGCCUGAGCAGCCUCAACACGCCGGGGGGCUACCACCUCUCCCCGUCCCCCGGGGACCCCUACAGCCAGCAUGAGUCCCACUUCGAGCCGUGCCCGGCCGCCCAGCACAGCUACAGCUACCCGGGAGCCAACCCGGGCCAGGCCCAGACCACCGACACCGGGACGCCCAACUGCUCCUCCUCGUCCUCCAACUCCACGCCGACCAGCAAAAGCAUAGUGAAGAAGAACCCCAAAGUGGCCAAUAUUAACGUCCAGCUGGAGAUGAAGGCGCUGUGGGACGAGUUUAAUCAGCUAGGCACGGAGAUGAUCGUCACGAAGGCUGGCAGGAGAAUGUUUCCAACUUUCCAAGUGAAAAUCUUUGGAAUGGAUCCCAUGGCCGACUACAUGCUCCUGAUGGACUUCCUGCCUGUAGAUGACAAACGUUACAGGUAUGCUUUCCACAGCUCGUCGUGGCUGGUGGCGGGCAAAGCGGAUCCUGCCACGCCGGGCAGGGUGCAUUACCACCCGGACUCUCCGGCCAAAGGCGCGCAGUGGAUGAAACAGAUCGUCUCCUUCGAUAAACUCAAAUUAACCAACAACCUGCUGGACGAUAACGGACACAUCAUUCUGAACUCCAUGCAUCGCUACCAGCCCCGGUUUCAUGUGGUGUAUGUGGACCCCCGAAAGGACAGCGAGAAGUACGCGGAGGAGAACUAUAAAACCUUCGUUUUCGAGGAGACCCGUUUCACCGCGGUCACGGCCUACCAGAACCACCGGAUCACGCAGCUGAAGAUUGCCAGUAAUCCGUUUGCAAAGGGCUUCAGGGACUGUGACCCAGAGGACUGGCCCAGGAAUCACAGGCCAGGCUCUCUGCCAAUAAUGAGUGCCUUUGCCAGAACAAGAAACCCAAUGUCAUCUCCCCCUCAGCAGAACGGCACAGAGAAAGAAGACAGCAGAAGGGAAUACGAGCGAGACCCCAACAGCACACCCAUACACGCAGAUCCAGCUCACCAGCUAAUGUCCCGCGUCCUCAGCCCCGCCCUGCCCGUCCCCGGUGGCCUCCACGCUGUUCCGCUCACGAGUGGCCGGCCCAGCCCUCCGCACGACCUCCGGCCAGACCCUCACACUCUACCCCCGGACACCCUCCAUCACCACCCCUACAAGUACCCAAACACCUAUGAACACUACUUAGGAGCCAAGACCAGGCCGUCGCCCUACCCUAUACCCGGUAUCAGAGGACACACAUAUCAUCACCACAUGAAUCCCGCCACAACUAACAUGUACUCGGCCAGUAGUGGCCCUUCUAACUACGACUACGGGCCCAGAUAAUGGCUGCUGUCUCCGGAAGGCGAAUGGCGCACAGCACUGAGGGAAUUGUUACGUUUUUACAAAUGAUGGCUUAUGCAACCCAUAGGUUGCAAACACAGAUCGUGACUCCACUCAGCCGGACAGACUCUGCCGUAUUUAUUUAAAGGAAAUGUGUCUUUGGGCACAGCAUCGGCACCACGUUCCGAGCCCUCAAAGAGGUCUGCUUUGACCUCUGAACUCAAAUGGCAGUAGCCCUCCAUGAGACCCCCCCCCUCUACCUGAGCAGUGUGGACAUUUUGCCAGCAGGCAGGAGGAACCUCUCCUUAACACGGACUUUCAAUCACAGACUGGAAUUGAAUUCUUCUUUUUCUCCUUGUUUUUGGAUGCACUUUUUGACUUGCUUUGUUUUUAUUGCUUUCAAAAAAGCCAUACAUUAUAUAGUCCCAUCAACCUUCUAGGUAGACGAGAUGUUUGCAUGUUGAGCUCAUCAGAGAGGAUGUCAAAAUACGCUGAAUUAUUUUUGCUUACAAAAAGAAAAGAAAAGAAAAGAAGGUUUUUGAAAGAUUCAGAACAUCUUGAGCCGCUCUGAGAAGCUUGUACCAUGGCACUGACUUGCAGCAAUUCUAAGUAAAUAAAUGAAGCAGAAUGACUUUUCUGUAUCUGUAAAAUAAACAUUAAAUUCUUGUAAUUCAUU